AUGAAGCUGAAUUGUGGAAGUGGAAAUGGAAGCCUGCAAAUUUCAGAAAGUUCAAGUGAAGUAUCAUCAUCCCAAGAUGGAAGCAUUCCCAUGGUAGAAGAGAUGAUAUUGGGCUUCGAUGACAUGACAACAGAAAUUGUAAGAAAGCUUGUUGGAGGACCAAAUUACUGCCAGAUUAUUUCCAUCUUUGGAAUGGGUGGGCUUGACAAGACAAUGUUAGCAAAGAAAAUAUACAAUCAUUCCAGUGUUAAGGACCAUUUUGAUGAGCUUUCUUGGUGUGUUGUUUCUCAAACUUAUCAAAAGAGAAAACUAUUGAAAUGGAAGGAGAAGAAGAGUUGGCCGAAUGCUAUUACAAAGGGUAUAAGAUACCUCAUCGUUAUGGACGAUCUAUGGGAUAAAGAAGCAUGGGAUGAUUUGAAAAAGUUAUUUCCACAAGACAGAAAUGGAAGCAGAGUGUUUUUCACCAGUCGGCUGAAAAAUGUGGUAUUGGAAAUUUCACAUGUUGUCAUUGAACCUCCUCCCCUGUCAUCAGAUGAAAGUUGGAAUUUAUUAGAGCAGACGGUGUUCAAGAAAGAACGUUGCCCUCAUGAAUUGCAAGAUAUUGGAAAGCAAAUUGCAACAAAUUGUCAUGGACCCCCGCUUUCAGUCGUCAUGAUUGCCGGAGUUCUGAGUUCUUUCAAAUAUGGAGAAGAAAGAAAGCUUAUGCUUGAAUCACUCAAAAUGGUUUAUGAAAGUAGAUUCAAAGGUGAUUACUCAGUGGUUAACUUCCCCAAGAAUAUCAGAAAACUUACUCUCUCUAAAAUUGGUUUGCCACGGGAAAAGAUGUCAUUAAUUGGGACAAUGCCCGACUUGGAGAUUCUAAAAUUAGAGAGGGAAGCCUUUGAAGGAGAUAUCUGGAACACCAAGGAUGACGAGUUCCAAAAACUCAAAUCUCUUAAAUGA